AGAGAAAGAGAGAGAGAGAGAGAGAGAGAGAGAGAGAGCUCCGAAAUCAAACCCCGUCCUCUUCCUAGGGCUAGGGUUUUGCCUGCCGGCGGCGAGGGUCCACGCGGAGCAGGGGGGCGGCGCGAUGGAGCCCACCUCGUCGGCGGCGAUGGCGAGGCAGACGUGGGAGCUGGAGAACAACAUCCCGUCGGCGGCCGCGGCGGCGGACACGGACGCGCUGGACGCGAUCUACCGCUACGACGAGGCGGCGCAGGCGCGGGUGCAGCAGGAGAAGCCCUGGACGAACGACCCCCACCACUUCCGCCGCGCCAGGAUCUCCGCGCUCGCGCUCCUCAAGAUGGUCGUCCACGCCCGCGCCGGGGGCACCAUCGAGGUCAUGGGCCUCAUGCAGGGCAAGUGCGAGGGCGACGCCAUCGUCGUCAUGGACGCCUUCGCGCUCCCCGUCGAGGGGACCGAGACCAGGGUCAACGCCCAGGCCGACGCCUACGAGUAUAUGGUCGAGUACUCCACCAUCAACAAGCAGGCUGGAAGGUUGGAGAAUGUGGUUGGCUGGUAUCACUCACACCCUGGUUAUGGAUGCUGGUUAUCAGGCAUCGAUGUGUCAACUCAGAUGCUUAAUCAGCAAUUUCAAGAGCCAUUCAUGGCUGUUGUGAUAGACCCUACAAGGACUGUUUCUGCUGGUAAAGUGGAAAUUGGAGCUUUUAGGACAUAUCCAAAAGACUAUAAGCCACCAGAUGAACCUGUGUCCGAGUAUCAGACAAUACCACUCAACAAGAUAGAAGAUUUUGGUGUCCACUGCAAACAGUACUAUGCUCUGGAUAUAACUUAUUUCAAGUCAUCCCUGGACUCUCACCUCCUUGAUCUACUUUGGAACAAGUACUGGGUCAACACGUUAUCUUCAUCACCUCUCCUGGGCAACAGGGAUUAUGUUGCUGGCCAGAUCUUUGAUUUAGCUGAUAAACUAGAGCAAGCUGAGGGCCAACUAGCACACAGCCGAUAUGGCAUGCUCAUGCCAUCACAACGAAAGAAAGAGCAAGAGGAGUCUCCACUGGCUAAAGUAACUAGGGAUAGCUCGAAAAUUACUGCUGAACAGGUCCAUGGUCUCAUGUCACAGGUCAUUAAGGAUAUCCUCUUCAACUCUGUUCACCCGUCAAACAAGGCAGGCACAAGCGCUCCAGAUUCAUCUGGGCCUGAGCCUAUGGUUGAAGCUUGAGACUUCUACAUAACUCCUCCAUUAGAUAGCCUUUUGUUUAUGCUGGAUUCACAUGCACUGGCGGUGUCUGAGUUGUUUCAUGACUUGCAGCUGGUCCGGCAUAACUACCCGAUUCAAAAUGUGUUAUCUGGGUUUCAUCGUAAGAUCAUAACCGAUGUAAUUAUGAGUUGAUUUUUGCAUCUUUUGGUUGCCACUGUGCAAUAUACGUUGAGAUUACCAAUAACUUUGGCCC